AUGCGCGCCUCGUCGACAGGCGUCCAGGCCGCCAAUGGCGUCACCAAUCGCAGGAGCAAUGUCACCGUCACAGACGUGGAACCGUCCAAUGCCACCACAGAGGAGAAGGUCAAGGCAACACCGCCGCUGCAGAAGAAAUAUCGCCAUGUCGCGGCUGUUCAUGCCCAAUCAAGGCCGUCGUGCUUGAGUCAUGAUGCCCAGGCCAACCCAAGUUUCCUUGGGUUCCGCAAUCUCAUGGUGAUUGUGCUGGAUGGGCAAGCAGGCCCAUCAGAAGAGGACAAGAAGAAGUUCCAUUCGACUUGGGUUCUGGUCGCCUGGGCACACGGGAUCAACAUCACCCUGGGACUGGCCAUCACCACGCUCGUCGUGUACUUCAAAAUCUUCCACCCGCUCAUCGGUACGCUCACCGAGAUGCACGCGGUGGUCGUCUGGCUCAAGACUGCCUCGUACGCCUUUACCAACCGCGAUCUCCGACAUGCCUACCUUCACCCAGUCAAGGGCGAGCUGGUGCCCGAGCUGUACGCUAGCUGCCCCUACCCGAAGAAUAUUACGAUGGGGAAUCUAGUCUACUUCUGGUGGGCGCCCACCCUCGUAUACCAGCCUGUGUAUCCCCGAACCGAUAAAAUCAGGUGGAUCUUCGUCAUCAAGCGGCUGGGCGAGGUCUUCUGCUUGAGUGUGUUCAUCUGGUUUGCCACAGCGCAGUACGCAACGCCUGUUCUCAUCAACUCGCUCGAGAAGAUUGCGUCGCUCGACAUUCCCUCCAUCCUCGAGCGUUUGUUGAAACUAUCCACCAUCUCACUCGUCAUUUGGCUCGCUGGCUUCUUUGCUCUCUUCCAGUCUUUUCUCAACGCCCUCGCUGAGGUCUUGCGGUUCGGCGAUCGCUCAUUCUACGACGACUGGUGGAACAGCGAGAGCCUGGGAGCUUACUGGCGCACAUGGAAUAAGCCUGUCUACACCUACUUCAAGCGACACGUGUAUAUGCCCAUGGUCGGCAGGGGAUGGAGCCCCAAGGCGGCGAGUCUGUCCGUGUUCUUCAUGUCGGCUGUUCUGCACGAGAUUCUGGUCGGUGUACCGACGCACAAUAUCAUUGGUGUCGCUUUCCUGGGCAUGUUCAUGCAGCUACCGCUCAUCGCUCUCACCGCGCCUCUGGAGAAGAGGAGGAUGGGACAGGGGGGUAAGUUGAUUGGCAACAUUAUCUUCUGGGUCUCCUUCACGGUUCUCGGCCAGCCAUUUGCCGCUCUCAUGUAUUUCUACGCCUGGCAGGCCAAGUACGGCAGUUUGAGCCGGAAAAUGGGCGCCUGA